GAGAAGUUUUGCAAUCUCAAGAGUCAUCGAGGUUGAACAACUUUCUUUAAACGCAAUUCGAUUUUUCUGAUUAUUUGUUUUGUGAUUGCCGCCGUGUGCUGCACAUUUACUAUCGAGUGACAGUCUAUCUAAAUUUGAGUUUUUGUUAUCAUCGUUGUCACCGGAAAUUGUUAGUUUUAUGGAGGAACUACAAACUGUUAAGGUAUAUCAAAUCAAGUGCAGCAGGUGAAACCCUUGGGGAAAUGGUAGUUCCCGAUGCAAUUGUUCAAGUUAAUCUUGAGGCAACUGUACCUGAACUAGCAAGUUCAGAUAAGCCAUUACAAAUUGAGAAUGGCAGAAAGGUGAAAAGGUACAUUCACUGUAGUGAUGGCGUUUACGAAGAGUACAGCAGUGAUGAAGAAGGAGUCUGCAAGGUCCAGACUAGUUCCACACUUGUUGAUCCAAAAACCAUGGCUUGGAUGCCUUGGUUUUCACAUGUGUCGUCAAAGGCCUUGGCGGCUUGUGAUUAUGUUGGGGAAACCCUGGCAGACUUCCUUGGUAUUACUGCCCCGAAAUAUCAGUAUGAGAUAGAAGAGGCUAAACGGAUGCAAGAAGAAGAAAAUGCUGAGAAGAAAGCUAUCGACUUGGAAAUGGCAGGAUGGAGAGAUCAAUCAACUACUGGACCGGAACCUCAAACUAGUACCCCUAUUUCAAUUCUUCCUAAAGUUAUUCCAAAUCAAGUUAGUACUGGCACAAAUGUUUAGCUUAGGGGUUAAAACACAGGUAGAUUUAAACUGAUACCAGUAAAUGACGUCCUUCCAGAAGUAACCCAUCCUGCCAGAUGGCUCUGCUUGUGCCUUUCUGUUAUUUCUUUCCUGUUUUCGCAUUUAUGCUUAACGAAAUCUAGCCCUUUUCCUUGUCAAAUUUGUAUUAUAAUAUUUACUAAGCUUCUCGAAAGCUUUGUUCGAAUCAAGAACUUGAGAUGAGGGAGCGCCGUCUUGUAUCAACAUUUGUCUUUCAUUAUCGAGUUUGAGGUUUCGUGUCUUGCGUGACUACCAUACACACCGAAGAUUCUUCGUUUUUCUUCCUUUCCUUUCCUUUCUUCUUCUCUAAACGCAAAUAGACAGUAAAGUAAGGUG